AUGGAAACUAAAUUGGAUUCACGUCAGGGACAAUUUCCCGCUUCCUUUCCGGACACAUUUAAGGAUUUUUUUGCAAUGAUGAGCGAAGACGAGGACCAAUUAGAUUUAUUUUCUAAUUUGCUAGAGGAUAAGCAAAAAGUCAUCAGGAUUUUAGUGUUAUUUUUUGUUGUACGUAUACAUUUGUCUUUUCUUUCGCAGGUUAUUCCACGUGCGAACAAAUUUAAUCAACGUCGUUGCGGUGGCAGUUUGCGAUGUUCCACACAUCCCAAUAGUGUGACAACUGCAGGUACCAAUGGCGGUGGAAAUGGCAGUCAUAACGUGGGACGCUCAAAUUCGUUUCGUGUAAAUCGACCACGUCACACUUUCGGUAGUAGUAACACUGCUUUAAACAUGGUAGGCGUUGGCAGUACCAGCAACAUUGGAGGCAGUGGCAGUGGUAGUGGUAGUUUAUUUUGCAAACAUAUUAAAUAUUGUUGCUUACAUCAACAACAACAACAGCAACAACAACAACAUCAGCAACUUCAACAAUUUUCACAUCCUCAUAAUUAUGGACAACAAAGUUAUCAUCAGGAUUAUGUGAAUAGCACAGAUGCACGCUUAGGUCCUGAUGGUGAAGACAAUAGCGGAUGUGGUUCGAAUAUGCUAGGCGAUGGUUGCAGUGGGGGUAACAGUCAUCAACAACACCAACACCAACACCAACAGCAACAGCAACAGCUACAACAUUCUCAUCAACAGCAGCAACAACAGACGCAACAGCAUCAAAAACGUCAUUCUGUUAUCCUCGAACGUGCUUUCGAUUUUGAUGCGAGCUGUGAUGAAAGCGAUACCAUCAGCACAACUUCGUCCACUCCAACAACAACUAACAUACCCUAUAACAUACUCAAGCCGAUAUUAAAGCAACCACAACAACAGCAACAAUCACAAAACCAACAGCAGCAACAAGCAACAAUGGCACAUUCAACUAUGCACCAAAUAAGUGCAUCACAACAUAGUAUGAAGAUCUCCACGUCCAAGGAUAUGCCGCAUCGAACACUACCACAACCUCCAAAGGGUGCAGGCAUUGGCGCUUUUCAUACAAAAGAAACAGCUUUAAAACGUAUACAACAGCAGAGUGGCUUACUGGCCGGCAGUAAAACGAAUUUAUCCGCUUUAAGUGGAGGUGUACUGGGUACAGCAGUCAACAAUACAAACAACACGAUUGGCAAUGGAGUUGCCGGAGCAGCAGGAGCUGCUGGUGGAACGGGAACUACAAACAACCUUAAUAAUAAUCAUUACGGCGGCAGUAAUUAUAAUAUUGGCGGAAAUGUUGUAACUGCCGGUGGCAGUGUGACUGGAAUGGGAGUGGGAGUUGGUGUUGGCUACAUGGACUUACAUUCACCAACAGCCACACAAUUAACAGGCAUGAACAAAUUCAACGACUUAUUAAAUGCUGGCAGCGGUGGAUUAGUCACUAGCAGUCGCAACAAUCUAAGCAAUAUACGUGCGCAGAAGUCACCCAUACUUAAUCGUAGACGCUCUUCAUCGAUUGCGGCAAAUCUUCUACUCACAGGUGAUUUGCCAUAUAAUCGGAGUAACAUGUCUUUAGCAGCAGCAGCAACUGGAGGUACUGCAACAACUGCUGACGACAUAAGCAACAUUCGCAGUCAAGUCAGUGGAAACAUUGCAGCGGCCACAACAGCGUCAGCAACAGCAAUUGGCACAGCAUCAAUGCCGCAUAGCAGCACACGUGACCGCAUUUCAAUGGCAAAGUCGCCAGUCUCCGGUAAGCCGUCACGUAUUCCACUGAUACCACUCGAGGGUGGGGUGCUUACCUUUCAGCAAGCCAUGUCAGGUGCAGUAUCACCACAGUAUGCCGGCACUUCAGGACUAGCCCACAUGCGAGGCAGUUUAGUGGGAGGAAGUAUUGCUACUGGACUCGAUACAAUGGGCUCAUCUAAUGCUUUGGCAUCUGUAUUCGAACGCCCUGCAACAAGUGGUGCGGGGCCUUGCGCCACAAAUUCUCCAACUGCAGUUGAUUCACCCACAAAUCAUCAUGAACACUUCUCCAUGAUGCCAGUUGGUGCUUUAGGUAAUAUGAGUGGUAGUAGUGGUGUGGUUGGGGGUGUCAGCUCAAGUGUGCUACACGGCAGUUCUGCAACUAUUACUCAAUUGGGCAACAAACAACGACAACGUAUGAGAACUUCGAGUAUGCCUGCAGAGAACAGAAAGCCACGUCUAGCCGAUACUCGAAGAGCAGCUAUUCAUUGUGCAGAUAUUGAUUUGGAAUAUUAUCGUUUAAGAAGUUUUAGUAUUACUUCUCAUGGUAUAUGUAACUUAGGCGAUUCUUUACGAAGUCGAAGAUCACGGUCCAUUAAUUCAGUUACUUCAACAGGCACUUCAAAUAGUGGAAAAGAUAGACAUAAUAGCAAUGCUUCACGUACAUCCGGUGAUAUAAUCUUUGAGCAGACGGAUAAACGUGAUGCCGGUAAAGGACAAAUUCCUGCCUACAAAAUUGCAAUGCUGGGCGCAUCAGGUGUAGGAAAAACUACGUUAACAUAUCAAUUUACAACUUCCGAAUAUAUUUGCGCCUAUGAUUUAAGUUUGGAUGAUGAUUAUGGUCAGAAAACGGUAUCUGUGCUUGUCGAUGGUAUCGAGACUGACUUGGAAAUUAUCGACCAUCCCGCAUGUGAAAUGUCGACGGAGGCGUUUUGUUCCACCUACAACAUUGACCUAUUUGUUGUUGUAUACUCGGUAGUGGAUCGCAACUCAUUUAAAGCAGCUGAAAAGGUUUUGCAGUAUCUGAAGGAGAAUGAAAUGCUGCUUACACGUGGCGCUAUAUUGGUGGGAAACAAAACGGACUUGGAGCGGCACAGGGAAGUGACUAGACAAAUGGGUCGGAAAUUAGCCAAAGAGAUUGCAUGCAAAUUCAUAGAAACUUCAUCAGGCUUGGAUCAUAAUGUUGAUGAGUUGCUUGUUGGCGUGGUAGCACAAGUUAAACUCAAUCCACAGCGCAUACAUAAUUUGAGUGAACGUGAUCGUCAACGUUUAAAUUUACAAAGCACAAUACAGAAACACCGACACAUGCAUAUGCCAGCAAGACGUAUGGUACGUCAAAUGUCCAUGUGUCAUGGUGAUGAUGGCAAUGCCGUUUGCCAUGAGGGUGAUGAAAAUCAAUCAAACAAUGUAAUUGGUUCCUCAGUUGGUGAUGAAGGCAUUGGCACUGGGAGUGAACGCACUGCAAGUACAAGUCUAUCGUCGGGAGCAAGUAAACCAACUAACAAAGGACCUGUACGUAAAACUAAUAAACGUACUUUGAAUUUGGAAAGUAUAUUGAAAAUGGGUGAAAGUGAAUUAGAAGAUGAGGAAGAGUUGCAUCGACAGCACAAUUAUUCACAAACAAGAACUCCAAGUAAAUUUGAGUUACUGACUUCUGGUCGAACACCGUUUGGAAGCGUUAAUUCUUCUCCAAAAUCACGACAGUCAUAUGAAUCAAGUGGUGGUAGUGGCAAAACUGGACGUGCUAGUGGUGGCAGUAGUGGCGCACAUACAACUGGUGAGGCCAUCAGUCAACAUUAUCGAGAAAACCAUGUUGAGGAUAAUUUACUCGAAGAUUGCAAUCGUAAGACUGUUUCCAAACUGACUAAUCGUACGAAAAUAUUUCUUUCGUCAGUGUUAAAGUUUAAAAAAGCUAUUAAUGUUAAACGUAGAAAUUCGUCAAGUUGUAGUGAUUUGUUUGUAAUAUAA